AAGUCGCCUUCGGCAUGCUGAUGAUGUCUUUAAUUUCAAACAUUUCCAUUUGAAGCUGGAAGUUGCUCAUAAAUUUGCAACAGCAAAUGACAAUAAUAAUCAUAAGAAUCAGUGGCAGAACCUAAAGCUAAAGGAAAAUGAGCAUUGCUUUGAAAAUGAGGCAUAACAAUAUCCAGGAGAAGAGAACAGUUAUUACAUUUGCUAAAAGCAUGGUCCAUAAAAACAGCUGGCUUUGUGGCUGCCAUAGCUGCUGAUGAAAAAAAAAAAAAAAAACAACAACCAAACAACAACAUUAUAACCAAGUUAACGCUGUCCAUUCACAGCUCUCAAAGAAACAGGCAGACAUUGAAUGUCUACAACCAGACAAACGGCAGAAAGAACAACGCUUUUAUUUCCAGAAAAUUGCCAUAAACCACGCACAAAUAUCGCAACCAACCAACCUUAAAACCCCGAGGCUAGAAAACUUGCUCGCACAACAACCAUGGACCACAAUCACAGCAACCUCCAGCUGCGUGAACCCCUACAACAGCAGCAGCAGCACCAGACAUUACCUCCACAGGCACAAACAUUAUCCUCAUCGCUGGCCAUCGCCUGUGCCGAAUGGCUGAAUGCCACCGAAUGUAGCAACAUCACAUUUGCCAUUGGCAAAAGCCGAGGAGUCGCAGCCAACCUGGCUGCGGAUGGCCUGAACACCACCCCGCCUCCUGAUAAUCUCGUUGAAAUGGACCUAGAGGCCGAUUGGCCUCUAGAACGAGUUGUUUCCAUGAUUGUGCCUGUCUUCUUUGGAAUUAUUGGAUUUGCCGGUCUGCUGGGAAAUGCUUUGGUCAUUUUAGUUGUGGUGGCCAAUCAACAAAUGCGAUCUACCACCAAUCUACUCAUCAUCAACUUGGCCGUAUCGGACAUUCUGUUCGUCAUCUUCUGUGUCCCCUUUACGGCGACGGACUAUGUCCUGCCGGAAUGGCCAUUCGGGAACUUGUGGUGCAAAUUCGUACAGUACAUGAUUGUGGUGACGUGUCACUGCAGUGUGUACACGCUGGUGCUAAUGUCCUUCGAUCGAUUUUUGGCUGUGGUGCAUCCGGUGACGAGUAUGUCACUGCGCACGGAAAGAAAUGCAACAUUAGCGAUUAUCAUGGCCUGGAUACUGAUCCUGACAACGGCGAUACCCGUGGCCUUGGCGCAUUCGGUACGAAUUUAUCAAUUCAAUGGCCACAAUUAUACGGCGUGUGUCUUCUCAUCCGACAAAGAAGUGUGGAGCUUACUGGGAUUCCAGCUUUCAUUCUUCCUGUCAUCGUACGUGGCCCCACUGACGUUAAUAUGUUUCCUGUACAUGGGCAUGUUGGCACGUCUAUGGAAAAGUGCGCCCGGCUGCAAACCCUCGGCUGAGUCACGGAAAGGAAAAAGACGUGUCACACGGAUGGUCGUAGUCGUUGUCUUGGCCUUUGCCAUUUGUUGGCUACCAAUACAUGUUAUUUUGGUACUGAAGGCCUUCAACCUCUAUGGGACGUCGCAUGCAACCGUAAUCAUACAGAUUAUCUCACAUGUCUUGGCCUACACAAAUUCGUGUAUCAACCCCAUACUGUAUGCCUUUUUGUCGGACAAUUUCCGAAAGGCAUUUAGAAAGAUUGUUUGGUGCGGUAGUCCACCACCCAUUGUCACAAAUCAACAAAUAACAAAAACAACGCGCACAGCAACCGGAAAUGGUACCUCCAACAUCGACAUGCUGUAGAUGCAGACAACACCAACAUCAUCUGACCAUAGUUGUAGUCGUGUCAUCAUCAUUGUUGUCGUCAUCGUCGCUGCUGUUAUUGUUGUUGUUAUUAUUAUUGCAGAGCAAGUACAACGACCACAAGAUUUUUCAGAAAAAAAAGAGCUAUAGCUGUCUUUGGUAGUUAUAGGUGUUAAAC